UACUGCCAACACCGUCGCCUUCGUCUCUCAGACGAUUACGAAGCGGCUGCAGAAGCAGUGGUUUUCUCGUGCGGCGUGAGGCGCGGCUGCGCGCCAAUCAUCGUGGCCUGCUGUCAUCGAGUCGUAGUGACGUGUGCUUUUGGUGCUCGAAGCCUGGCGCCUGUCACCGCCUGCCAACGCAACGAUGUCGUUGCCGGCCAAUGCAACGAUAGCUGCAGUUGUCAACGACAGCGGCAGAGAUGGUAGCGCCGCCGCCGCCGCCGCCGCCGCCGCCGACGCCGCCACCACAGCAUCGACCGUGGCCACGACGCUCAUCGGUAGUGAAGCCGAUGGCGAACAAGUGAAGCAAGCCGUUUACGAUUUUGCUGUGCCGCUUCUCGUGCUCGCGUGCGUUAUAUCGACAGUGUUCAAUCUACUUGUGCUCGUAUCGCUGCGCUGGCUACGGCGCGCAAUCAAUCCAACGUUGAGUUUGAGUCUAAGUUUGACUUUUGCGGAUGCUUACGCCUCGUUCAUGCUCGGACUGGGUUUCGUCGUGAACAGUUAUUUACCAUUGAAGAAUCUCGGCAUAGGCCAAUGUUUCAACCUUGUGCUCGAAGCGCUACGCCUCAGCGGCUUAGUUGCCGCCGCAUUGAACCUGCUUGCCUUGUCAUUUAACCACUAUCUAGGAAUACUUCGACCGCUACAUUAUGCGUCGACGGUGACGCGACGUAGCGCCUACAUCGGAAUAAUUCUAUUAUGGGCUGUGCCUCUAAUGCUGUUCUUUACGUAUUUUUCGAGUGUUCCAGGUCAGGGUUUUCAGUCGACAGAGUGCCAGGUUAUCGCAUUCUUGCGCCAAUCACGAUUUUCUGCUCUACUUGGCAUGAUAUUCACCGUGCCGCUCAUUGUAAUGAUGCUCAUUUACAUGCAUAUAUUCUUCAUUAUUCGACAGCACAAAAUCGGGUUGUUCGGACAGGGUGCCGUUACCACGAUGACCACUGCCCAAGGCCGGCAUGUCGUCUGCAAAAAGACGUCGUCAAAUUCGUCAGUAACAACGAGUCUAACCUCCGCAACCUGCACGCAGGCCAGCCGUCGCCUGCAGAACGUGAAGGCGGUGUAUACUACAUUACUGAUAAUCGGCACUUACCUCAUUGGUUGGAUGCCUGCCGUCUUCUUUUACGUGUUUACCUGCACCGACAGCUGCCCGUUCCCCAUAACAGAGAUUUCAUAUCGGACACGCAUCUCUGUUGGCAUUCUCGUUAACGCGCUUAUUGUACUCAAGUCGCUUGUGGAUCCAUUCAUUUAUGCCGCUCGUAUGCCUGAAGUUAGUGAAGCGCUCUAUCGGAUGUUCCGCUGCCGACCGCGAACGAGCUUCCGACACGUGCGCGGGCCUAGCUACAAUCGGCACGGCAGUAAUCACCUCAACAACUAUAAUUUUAAUCACUCAGCCCCAUACUGCCCCAAAUCGCCUCCUGGCAUUCUAGUUCGAGGUGGGAGUCAGCAAGCCGACUGCACACUGACCGGCUCACGAACCGUGUACGUCGAUCGUCCAGAGGGAAACCUGCCCGGCUCUCAAAGGGUGGCCAACUCAUUGCCCCGUGAGGACCAGUCGCCUUCCGCCUCUGCUUCAGUUAACAAUGGCCUCAACAACAACGGAUCCAUUUCGCGGCGUCAGCUGCAUGCCGCGGCGGCUACGACAGCAACUGCUGUUACUGUAACAGCAUCCGUGACAGCAGCAAACCCUCAUAAAUCUUCUUCUCCUGUUGCUGCCCACACGGCCACCGAUAACGUGACAACAAUUGCCGACGACACGAAUCGCUGCGAAAGCAAAAACUGUGUUGUUGUUGUUGCACCCAUUACAGCUACCGCUUCUGCCAACGUUAAUGAUGCUACGAGCGAUAGCUCGCUAUGUAAAAACAACACAAACUCUCAAAAUAAUGUUACUUAUGAUGACGACAAUGGUAAUAAUAAGAGCAAUUGUUAUCUGAAUGACAGCGACGCAAUUAACAGAGGCCUAGAAAACCCAAACAAAUGUCGGUGGUUCCGCAAUAGUUGUGAACAGCUGGAGGAUCACCAUGACGGCUCUUGUCAUCAGCAUCGUCUCGCGUACAACGCUUUCUGAGAUUCGCCAGGACGGCGGGAGCAACAACUGCAGCGGCUGGAUUUCAGCAUCUGCAUCAACAGAAACAGGAGGAGGAGCAGCAGCAGCAGCAAACACGCUGCUAUCGACAUCGGUAGGACGUUGCAAUCAACGACCGCUGUUGGGCGGUAGCUAUUACCCCUGCGGCGGUGAGCAGCACCAGCCCAAAUGGCUCGUAAUGGUAGUUGCCCACACGCCCGUGUUUGCAGUUAAGAUUAAAUUAUAACGACACCCAAUUGCGAUUGCGGCCACCUGACUCAUGCGUCGCUUUCGAAGUCUGUUAGGACGCUCGUGGCCUAAAAAGGCCCAAGAAAUCUUUGCCUCGAAGGAUACACAUCGAUUAUGAUAAUAGCCACCCAAGAGGGAUGUAAAUAAUAACAGUAAUAGUGUGAUUCGCGUAUGACGACCGUACGCCAACUUCCAGCAUCUGUCCGCCGUCAACGGUCUGAUCAUGCUCUGCGUUUGUUGUUAGUCCGAACUAAGAUAUUCAUAAAGACGUAAGAAGCUUCUGCGUAAGGUAGCAGGAGAACUUAUCAGGUUUACCACAAGGCUCUUUGGCUUGUUAAUGGAUACACACUGUAUCUUUGGGUACGGAGAUUAUGAUGGUGGACCUCGAAGUGGAAUCUCUAUAGCAGACAGAGAGAAGAAAAGAAACAGACAUCGUACGCCGAUAGUGUUUGGGAGGCUCGUUACGCGGAUAUACUGAUAUUUAUAUGAUGUAAUGGCGGUCCCAGCCAGCACCGUAGCGCUACUUAUAGACUCUGCUGAUUGUAUAAUAGCAUGUAUAUAAACGAACGAUUCGUAAUUAGAAUAAAAUACAUUUUAUGAGGAAAAAAAUAUGGUAAAACUCGACAGGUGGAUAGAUUAUAAGAGGUUAAUCAAGGUUCAGGUUCAUCAAAUAGCGUGGCAAACUCUUCAGCCCGACGAAUCACUGAAAAUAUAGUGACACAGCGUUAACGCUUGCCAGAACUUAGAAACAAAGAACAAAUUCUGGGCGAACAUAACGCAUUAUUAUCUAAAGUUCAUGAUAUCCAAAUUCACUGGACCAAAGGAUAAACAAGUCGGUGGUAGAAGGGUCUCCGCGUGUUGAUGACGACCUUGAGAAUGACUUUGUACGACAAAGUUAUCAACGAAAAACAUCUUGAAGAGGAAUGCUUCGCCUUUUCACUACUUCGUUUUUAUUUUGCUUCGUUUGAAUAUAGGAAAAUAUCUUUAUGGAGAAACCCAUAUAGCUUUUGUGAAUCAAAGCCAAGACAGUAAAAUGUACCGUUUGCACAAAAUUGAACUUGUCUAUGACAACGUUACCGGAAGCUAACCUACUGAGUAGGCGCAUAGGAGCCCUAUGAGGCCAUACAUAUCGCUUAAAAUUAGCAGAAAUAGAGCACAACUCCCACUAAAUUUCCCGGCUUUACUAAAUAAAAUAAACCAGACAGCAAUUUGCGGUCCCAACAAAACAAUCCAUUGAGUCACUAUUGCCAUUGAACAUCUAUCAAGCACAUUUUUCGAUAAUAUGUAAAACCCAAACAAAAGCACAGACAAAAGGUCCAUUUCAGUGAAAGAGGCUCGACAUUACUCUGACCACUUGCCAGCGCUGAGUAAAGAGCCACCCUUUGUGGGCUUUUGACCAAUGAAAUUCGUGUAUAGCCUCUGUCUAUGACGAGUCUAUAGUGUCUCAGGCCAUGUUACCUGUGAUUACACGGCAGUGUGACACACGCAAGCGCACAAGGCUUCCUCACUUGAGUCGGCCCAUCUAAAUAGUGUGCUAGCGAUGAUCUUUUGCUUUAUAAAGGGAUUACUUUCCCAGUUCAUAAAACGCUCGAAGGCUCUUGACAUUGAAGGAACUCAAAUUCCUCUAUUUUUCUCCUAAGAAGAUAUUCGUUCUUCAUUUUAUGCUAGAC